CAGAGUUAAGAAGCUGGAUUACGGCAACCAACGAAGAGACGAGCGAGCCAGCCAGCCAGCCAGCGAUGGAGAUUAGCAACUAUUCAUCUUCAACAAAAGCUGAAUUACAGGGGUGGGAAAACCUUGAUAAUGGACAGGAUAUUCGAAGUUUUCCGAGAGAGCUGAGGGUUAAUCCUCAAAGGCGAAGAGAAAAGGUUUACAUUGGUUGUGGAGCUGGAUUUGCAGGUGAUAGGCCACUAGCAGCUUCCAAGUUAAUUCAAGCCACCACAGAGUUGAACUAUAUUGUGCUUGAAUGCCUGGCUGAGCGUACCCUUGCCGAUCGUUACAGAGCGAAGCAGAACGGUUCUGUGGGCUAUGAUCCGAGACUUUCAGAAUGGAUGCAAUUGCUCUUGCCUUUGGCUGUGGAAAGAGGAAUUUGUAUUAUAACUAAUAUGGGUGCCGGUAAGAAGCCAAUGACUAUAAUUUCCCACACAUUUUCUCUUGAUCUUGUGCUUUUCUUGUAUAUUUACCUAAUUGAAUUCAUAUUUUCAUUCAAGUUGAUUCGUAUGGUGCUCAAGAAAAGGUUAUAGAGAUUGCAAAUAGUUUAUCGAUUAAUGCCACUGUUUCCAUUGCCCACCAAGUUUCUAUCAAGGAAGAAGGCCUGGACCCUCACUUCAGGAAUCAUGUAAAGGAUGGUGUAAGGACUUGGUUUUUAGCGCCUACCUUGGAGCUGCUCCAAUUGUUGCUUGUUUGGAGAAGUACAAACCAAAUGUCAUUAUUACUUCCCGUGUUGCUGAUGCUUCCUUGUUUUUGGCUCCAAUGGUGUAUGAACUAGGAUGGAACUGGGAUGAAUAUGAGCUUCUAGCCCAAGGUUCUUUAGCUGGCCACCUCUUAGAGUGUGGUUGUCAACUCACAGGAGGAUACUUUAUGCAUCCAGGUGAUGAACAUCGGGACCUAUCAUUGUCAUGCCUCUUAAACUUGUCACUUCCUUUUGCUGAAGUUACCUUUGAUGGGAAAGUAUCCAUAGCAAAGGCAGAGGGAAGUGGAGGAGUUUUAAAUUUUAGCACUUGUGCUGAACAAAUGCUUUAUGAAGUUGGUGAUCCAGGAGCUUAUAUUACUCCAGAUGUGAUAAUAGAUUUUCGUGAUGUUACAUUUCAGACAGUAACUAACAAUAAAAUUAUUUGCUCUGGAGCAAAACCAUCAUCCAUUCUAGCACCUGAAAAACUUUUGGUGUUGGCUCCAAAGGAUGGAGGAUGGAAAGGAUGGGGAGAGAUAUCUUAUGGAGGACAUGCAUGUACUAGACGAGCUGAAGCUGCUGACUAUUUGGUUAGAUCAUGGAUGGAAGAAGUAUGUCCUGGUGUGGCUGACCGAAUAUUCUCUUAUGCAAUUGGAUUAGACAGCCUUAAAGCAAACAACACUACUACUCCGGGCAAUGUAUUACAAACAGAUGUAGUAGAUAUUAGGUUACGGAUGGAUGGAUUAUUUGAAAUCGAGGAACAAGCUAUCCAACUCACUAAAGAAUUUAUAGCACUAUACACAAAUGGACCAGCUGGAGGAGGCGGUAUAAGCACCGGCCAUAAAAGGGAGAUUAUACUGGAAAAGGGAUUUGUUAAACGCGAAGAUGUGUUGGUUCAUAUUUCUGGGAAACGAAACUAUAUAAGAAAUAGCGACGAUUGGAGAAAGGCAUCAGAAAAAACUCCAAUGAAUAGAAUUAUGUCUACUUCUUGUUCAGCACAAGAAGAAGAAAUGAAAUGUUCUUCUUGUCCAGCUCCAUCUGGCCAGAGGAUUCCACUUUACAGGGUAGCCCACAGCCGAGCUGGUGACAAAGGAAAUGAUAUGAAUUUCUCGGUUAUUCCACACUUUGGCGAAGAUAUUAAUAGGUUAAAGUUGAUAAUUACGCCUGAAUGGGUGAAGAGUGUUGUGUCACCACUUUUGAAAGUUUCCUUGUUCCACCCUGAUUUAGAUGCAACCAAUAUGAACAUGAGAAGAGACCGCGAAGAGGAUGUGAAAGUGGAAAUCUACGAGGUGAGAGGCGUGUGUUCUCUAAACGUGGUGGUCAGGAACAUUUUGGAUGGUGGGGUAAACCAAUCGCGGAGAAUUGAUAGGCAUGGAAAGACCAUAUCAGAUCUCGUCUUGUCUCAAAUCGUAGUGCUUCCUCCUCCUCAAUGAUCUUAUUAUCAAGUCACUUUUAUUCAUAAUUUAAUGUUUUUUAACUUAGCAAGAAUAAAUGUCACGAGUUUGAUUCUUACUUAAAACGUCUUAAGUUGAAUUGGAUAUCAUAAUCGUGGA